CACUCUGUGAAUUUCAUUGCGAGCGGACGUGUGCGGACUAUCACAGUUAGGGGAAGUGGUGAAAGAAAGUUUUGUGAACAAAAUAAACCACUAAAAGAGAAAAGUGCAGUGCUUUCAUUGUAUGUGCUUCUGUGUAUGUGAGGGAGCGUAAGAGAGCGAGUGAGCAUUAGCAUUUCUGCGAUUUCAAUUAGAUUCAAUUGAGGCUAGCGAAAAAAAGCAAAAAUAAUAACAUUGCCAAGAUAUUAAAGUGGGACAUUGUGUGUGUGUGAAACACAAGGCACUUAAAAAAAAGAAAAAAAAAAUACACAUACAUACAUAUAAUAUUGAAGUAACAAGAUUUAAAAAAAAAUCAACAACAAAAAAUGUCGAAUGUAGAAUCUUCUAGUUCGGCGGUGCAACAGCCACCCUCAUCCACAUUGCCACUGUUGGGCGAUAAUCAGGUGACCAUGCAAGCCUCCACCUCAACGGCUGUGGGUGUUCCAUUGGACACGCAGAGCGGCGAGCCGCCUGCCAAGAAGCAAUUACUAGAUCCUAAUGCGGCUUCCUCCUCCUCCGGCUCCAUGUCGGGGGCGGGUGCCGGCAGCGGCGGCAGUAGCAGCUCCACGGGCACACACGAGAAACUGGAGUAUCGCCUCGGUGGCAUACUGUGCUGUGCGGUGUGCUUGGACUUGCCCAAAUUGGCUAUGUACCAGUGCCAAAUGGGCCAUCUGAUGUGCGCUGCCUGCUUCACACACCUGCUGGCGGACGGACGUUUGCGCGAUCAGAUCGCCACAUGCCCCAAUUGUCGCGUUGAAAUCUCAAAAAGCACCGCCUCCCGUAAUCUGGCGGUUGAGAAAGCUGCAUCCGAACUUCCCAGUGAAUGCCAGUACUGCAACAAGGAGUUCCCCUACAAAUCGUUGGAUCGACAUGAGCAGCACGAGUGCCAGGAACGUCCAACCAAAUGCAAAUAUUUCCGCAUUGGUUGCCAGUGGCGUGGUCCAUUCCAUGAGACUACCGAACAUGAACGGAAUUGUCUACACCCUCAAAAGUCUGGCUAUGAGGUGAUGGCGGCUCUUGAGGCCCACGAUGCCAAGAUCAAGGAGGAGAAGAAAAUGUUCUGCACACUUAUUGAUCUGCUAAGCUACGAAAAAAUAAUAUUCAAUGAUCUACAGAUGAAACCCUAUCGCACCGACGAAUAUGUCCACAAGCUGUUCUACGAGACAGCACGCUUCUCGGCCUUUAACCAGCAGUGGGUUGUGAAGGCACGCAUCAAUAACAGCCAACGUGAUCCGCACCAGUCGAAUGAGCGCACUAUUACGUAUCAGUUGAUAUUGAAAACCAAAACCAGUACGCCCAUGAGCAUACACUUCUUUGCGCUGAAAGGCCCGUUCUCGGACAUGAAGGUUUCGACACAGAUUUACAAACACGAUUUCACCGAAACCAGCACGGAGAGCGAUUACUAUUUGCUGCCAUUGCCGGAUAGCUCAGCAAACUGCAGCUCAGAGUGCAAUAGACUACUUUCUAAUAAGGGUAUCAACUUUCGCUUACUUAUGUUUCUGCUGAACAAGUAAACGGUCUACAGGCGGCGGAGAGCGUAAAAUAAACGUAGUACACAUUUUAAAAGGAACCUAGCUUAAGUUUGUUGUUUUUCUAUCUCUUUAAUGUUCACAAUGUGCAAAAUCUACACUUAGAUCUUUAU